CACACAGACUCAUGCAUUUAACAGACGGCGUGUGAGUGGAACUUGUGGGAUUUCUUCAUUAGCACUUUCGUAAUUGGUCUAUUAGUUAUAGUUGCUGACAUUUCUGCUUCGUAGCAGCUACUAGCUUCAUUUUCUGUUUAUAAAUGGAGAGGUUUGAUUGAGUUGUUUUGACUAUGCCGGUGGAGUAAAGCGAGGAGGAGAAGAGGAAGGGAAGAACGGGAGAGAGUUGAGCGGAUUUGAAAGAGGAAAUCAUUCAUUGCUGGUCGAACAGCGAAGCCUGCGGACAGAAACAGAGGGAGGUUUGGCCAUUUACUGAGGCUGGAGUUUGUUUAGAGCUGAUAUUUGUUUUCUUUUGGGUGGUUUUUUGAUGUGGCCGGUUCUCAGUGGAGAAGUUUUUCCCGCAAAUGACGUGGAAUAGCACGAUGAGCAGUGGCUACAGUAGCUUGGAGGAGGACUCCGAAGAGUACUUUUUCACGGCCAGGACCUCUUUCUUCAAAAAACCCUCCGGAAAAAUCACAGAGAAAAAGGAUGUGGAGAAGGAGAGAGAGUUGCGGACAGAGUUCAGCAAAGAGGAAAUCUGGCAGAGAAUCGAGCAGUACAACUUGCUAACCAAAGACCACCUUAAAAUGACGCUGGGUGCGGGCGGUGUGUACACGGGUUUCAUCAAGGUCCAGAUGGAUUUGCGGAGGCCAAUGACGGUGCAGGGAAGUCAGACAAGAGCUGGGGAGGCCUUCUAUCUGCCCCAAGGAGUCUCCAACACCCUUCAUGUCAGCUCUAAAACCACAGUCAAAGAGGUGAUCGUCGGCUUGCUGAGCAAAUUCACAGUUGCAGACAACCCGGCUAAAUAUGCCCUGUACAAGAGAUACCGGCGGGAGGAGCAGGUUUAUACAUGCAAGUUGGCGGAUGCUGAGAAGCCGUUGUUUCUUCGCCUGGUGGCGGGACCCGACCCAGACCUGCUCAGCUUUGUCCUGAAAGAACAGCAGACGGGAGAAGUCAUGUGGGAUGCCUUCUCCAUCCCUGAGCUGAAAAACUUCCUGCGGAUCCUUGAAAAGGAGGAACAGGAGCAGAAGGACGCAGUAAUUCGUCGCUAUGAAACCUACCGGCAGAGACUGCAGGAGGCACUGCUGGAGGUCAGGGGGCCUUCUUAAGAGGAUAUAACCUCCUUGAAAAAGGACUACUGCCCCCUAGAGGGACGAAGGGGAUGUUUUGUUUUGUUUUUCAUUUUUAAUCUCCUGGUGUACAUUUUGAUGGAGGGAGGGAUGUGAACACAGAAUCAGGAGAGAGGAUCCAGCACCUGGAAGAAGGGAUAAUAAAGGAUGACAAGAGGACAGAAAAAAGAGACUGCAAAUAAAAAAGACGAACAGACAGAAUUUUGGUUGCUGGAUUCAAGAUUUCAAACUGCUUCCCGCUCGGCUCCGUCUGCCUGCAAACACCAAAGAUUCACUCACUGUGCCAUAUCCGUUCAUCCUCUUCCCUGUUCGCCGUCCAUCCCUCUCUUCUUCUUCUUCUUCUCUCACUCUGUCCUGCUGUCACAUAAUUUAUGCAGUUCAUCCUUUUUGUUUCCCUCACCUUUUUAUCCUUUGAACUUGUGAAAGACUCAAGGCCAUAUGUUGAAUUAUUUUUAUUUAAUUUGUGUGUUUUAAAGGUCUGUACAUAUUUU